CUCGACGCUUCUUUAACGUUUUACUAUACCUCAAAUCGUCGAUUUCCUCCAACCUUAAAAAGAAAAAUCUCAAACUUCAACAUAUUUAGCAAUGGCUCCGGCAUUGACUAAGGAUUCCGAAUCAUGGGAUGUGAUUAGUUUUGCUGUUGAUAAAGGCCAUGGAGUAAAGGGUCUUGCCGACUUAGGGCUUCAAACUUUACCGAAACAGUAUAUUCAACCUCCCGAAGAACAAAUCACUAAUAGCAUCGUAAUUCCUGACGAUGCGAUCCCGGUUAUCGACUUAUCGAAAUGGCCUAAUCCCGAAGUCGCUAACGCCAUUUGCAACGCGGCUGAAAAAUGGGGUUUCUUCCAAAUUGUCAACCAUGGCGUACCAAUGCAAGUUCUUGAAAAUGUCAAGGAGGCGACUCGCCGGUUUUUCGCGCAACCGGCUGAGGAGAAAAAUAAGCACUCCAAAGAUAAUUCGCCGAGUAACAACGUGAGAUAUGGAACUAGUUUCACUCCUAAAGCUGAGAAGGCUUUGGAGUGGAAAGAUUUCCUUAGUCUCUUUUAUGUUUCUGACGAUGAAGCUGCCGCCCUUUGGCCUUCUGCUUGCAGGAAUGAAGCAAUAAAAUUCAUGAAAGAGUCAGAAGUCGUCAUUCGAAGGCUACUAGAGGCUUUAAUGAAAGGACUUAACGUCGAGGAAAUUGACCAAGAAAAAGAAUCUCUUUUGAUGGGAUCUAAAAGAAUUAACCUCAACUAUUACCCCAUGUGUCCCGAACCCGAACUCACAGUCGGAGUCGGGCGCCAUUCCGACGUAUCCACAUUAACAAUCCUGCUCCAAGACGACAUAGGAGGCUUGUACGUCAAGAAAUUGGACAGCAAUGAAUGGGUCCACGUCCCACCAAUCGACGGGGCGAUUGUUAUCAACGUUGGUGAUGCACUUCAAAUCUUAAGCAACGGUAGAUACAAGAGCAUUGAACAUCGGGUUAUUGCCAACGGGUUGAAAAACCGGAUCUCGGUGCCCAUUUUCGUGAACCCGAAACCGAGCGAUGUUAUUGGCCCGUUACCGGAAGUUCUUAAGAAUGGGGAGGAACCCAUUUACAAACAAGUUCUUUAUUCGGAUUACGUCAAGCAUUUCUUCCGUAAAGCUCAUGAUGGAAAAGAGACCGUGGAUUUUGCUAAGAUAUAAUUUCAAUUUGUGAUAUCAUUGUGUAUUGGAAAAUAAUACUACUAAGUAGUAGAUGUAACAUAUUGUAAGAUUGAAGAAAUAAUGUUCGUUAUAUGUUUCUUCUUUAAUCUCUCUCUAUGCCUCGUACAUAUUGAUUACCUAUCAAGAAAUAUUACUAUGUUCACUCUUUCAUUGUUUCCUUCCUCUUUCCUUUUAUUUUUCCAUAUAUUCUGGAAAAAGGAAAGCUAAAUGGAGUGGCUUUUAUUUUUCGGAAAAAAACAUGUUCGAGUAAAGAUUAAUGCUCUCUCUAUCCAUAAAAUAAUCCAUAUUGAAUUUAUAAAAUUUUUACUAAAAGCAGUACAAAUCUAAAUACUAAAUGUUGGACUAUU